GGUUUAUAUCAAUACCAUGUCACGGAACUGAAAUCCUUCCAGGAUGUUUCAGUCUUCUGUGGAUAUAAUUCAUAGCUCCAACAUGUCCUGAGCUGAGGUAGAAUAAUACUUUAUUGAGAACAGAAAAUUUCCUUGUAAUUAAUAGAGUAGAUCCAGAUUGUCCCUAGAUAUUGCUUUUUCAUGCCCAGAUGACUGCCUCCAUUUCCUUAAAGAACACAAUAUAGCAUCCCUUCCCUUGGUACUGGACAGUCCCAUUGAAGAGUCGCCAUGCAGUGUGGUCCCUUCAUCCUCCUGUCUCUCAUCGUGGGCCUUUUCGCACCCUGGCCUGAGCUGCUGGGCAUCUCUGCGUCAGAUACAGGUAUGAGCUCUCUCUCCUCUUACAACUUCUAAAUCUUAUGUGUAUCAUGGCUGUACUUCCCCCUAUUUCUCUCCAAUUCUUUAACCUGCCUCUCUACAUACAGAAACUCCAGCGGGUACAGAAUGCUGCAGCGAGGCUCCUCACGGGGUCUUUGCCAUGGGAGCAUAUUUACCCAGUGCUUUUCAAGCUGCACUGGCUCCCGGUGGAGUACAGGGUCAGAUUUAAGGUGCUGCUUUUGACCUUUAAAGCCCUUCACGGCCUAGGACCCUCGUACCUACGGGACCGCCUCUCCUGGUAUGCCCCACGGAGAGCCUCAAGGUCCAUAAAUAACAACACCCUAGUGGUCCCAGGCCCUAAGGAAGUUAGACUGGCUUCAACCAGAGCCAGGGCCUUUUCAACUCUGGUUCCAGCUUGGUGGAACGCUCUGCCUCAUGAGACCAGGGCCCUGCAGGAUCUGAUUUCUUUCCGCAGGGCCUGUAAGACAGAGUUGUUCCGCCCGGCUUUGGCUUGGAGCCAAUUUGAUUCCCUCCCUCCCUCUCUUUCUUUUUUCUUUUCUUUCUCCUCCUGCAAUGAGGCUACAUUUUAAUAUUUUAAUGUUCCAUUAUUUUAAUGUUGUAUUUUAUUUUUGUUUUUAAGUUGUAAUCAUUCUUCUUGUUUUUAUUAUUGCUUGUAAGCCGCUCUGAGCCCGGCCUUGGCUGGGGAGGGCGGGGUAUAAAUAAAAAAUUAUUCUUAUUCUUAUUAUUAUAGGGUUGCCACCUUCCAUAAGGCCCAAGUGAUGUGGAGCUUGCUUUCUUGUAGGCAACACAUGCACCCAAUUAUAUUGAUCACGCUAUGGGAGUUUGAGGAGCUUGUGUGCCUACAAAGAUUCCCUGGGCUGACUUUGCCCAGUGAGUGAACAUGUGACCUUGAAAGGAGCUCAAUGGAUUCUCCAUGGUGGCUCAAAAUGAAGAGCUGUGGAGUUGUAUCCAACAUAUUUCUUCUCAGAGUAGAUCCAUUCAAAAAGAUGACUCUAAGUUAAACACGACAAUUCAUUUCAAUGCCUCUAUGCCAAGUAUGACAACGUUGCAUACCAGCUGUGGUCCUUGCUUGGGAUCAGUGUCAGCACCAGGAAUUCUCAGAGGUUGCUGGCAUUCUAGCACCCUGCCCAAGGCCACAGUAGAUCAGUGAUACUCUGGUUGUUCUGUGAGUCACUCUUUAAACUUUACACUAUGUUCCCGGGGAAGCAACAUUCUGGGAACUACAGUGGUACCUCGGGUUAAGUGCUUAAUUUGUUCCGGAGGUCCAUUCUUAACCUGAAACUGUUCUUAACCUGAAGCACCACUUUAGCUAAUGGGGCCUCCUGCUGCUGCCGCACCGCAGGAGCACGAUUUCUGUUCUCAUCCUGAAGCAAAGUUCUUAACCCGAGGUACUAUUUCUGGGUUAGCGGAGUCUGUAACCUGAAGCGUAUGUAACCUGAAGCAUAUGGAACCCAAAGUACCACUGUAUCAGAUUUGGAGUACACCUACCCUUGGAUAGUCUGAUCUCUCUCUUCAGCAAUCUUUGCCAACUAAACCCAGGGCUCAGGAUAUGGACAUAGGAGUCUUGUUCAUGGUUAGUGUUGACUUCUGGCAUCCUCAGGAAUAUGUGUUGUUUCACUAUGCCAUCCAAGAUACCUUGCAGGUGGUACUCACCAGAGUGGCAGAGAAUGGCAUGUUGUUUGGCCCAUAUUGUUUUGUUUGAUUUUUGGUUCAUAGAUAGACAACUUGGCUUCUUCCAGAAGUCUUGGAUUUCAGUUUCCCAGCUGACACCCAAUGCUAAACUUUUGAGAACAGGAAAGUGACUUUCAGCUAGAACUGGAUACAGCCCAGUGGUGGGGAUGUAAGGUUAUUAAAAGCUUCUGGGUAAUGAUCUAUAAUGAACUGAAGAAAAUGUUUAAACUAACUUUUGUUAAAAAACCUGAAGCUUUUUUACUAGGACUGAUAGGAACUGAACUCCCCAAAGAAGAUAAGAAAAUAUUUUUGUAUGCUACAACAGCUGCCCAAAUAUUGUUAGCCCAAAGAUAGAAGGACGAAAAGAUGGCAACGAAAGAAGAAUGGCAAAUCAAGCUAAUGGACUAUGCAGAAAUGGCAAAAUUAACGGCAAAGCUCAGAGACUAUGACAAUGAGAAGUUUAAAAAAGAGUGGGAAUCGUUUAUUAUUUAUGUGCUAAAAUACUGUAAACAGGUUGAUACAUAUAAGUAAAGCAUUUAAGUGAAUGCUUGCAACUAGCAGAAAAUUAGAUAUAAUUAAGGGAAUAAUAAUUGAAAAGGUUUAAGAAUGGAUAUGCAGAAGAACUUAGUUAAUAUAAGGAACCAGAAGAGGGUAAGGAGGGAAGUCCAGAGAUUUAGGGAAUCUCAAAGAGAAGGUUUGUGAAAACAUAUUUGUAUAAAUUUAGAUCUGGUAGAAAUGUGAGUUAAUUACUGUUUUUAUUUGUGAGGUGGAGUUACCUGGUCAAUGUCAUUGCUUUCUGUGUUUCAGACUUUGAUAUAAUGUUUAUAUGAGGCUUGCCUUUCUUUGCUUUUACCCACCAGAUGGUCUGCCUGAUAUAUGCAAACUCCCUAAGAAAGUAGGAAAAUGCAGAGCAAGUUUUAUAAGUUUUUUCUUCAAUGUUGAAACCCUGAAGUGUGAGAUCUUCAUUUACGGUGGCUGUGGAAAGAAUGCAAAUAACUUUCGGAAUGAAAGUCAAUGCUAUCAGGAAUGUGGACGCUUUGGUAAGAACAAAUAACUUGCUGUUUUAGGGCAGGAGCUGUGAACGUUUUGGGGCAAAUGGGCACGUUUCAAAAUUUGAGAAACUCUGAUGGGUGCAUGUCCCCUUUUCUUGAAAACAUGAAAGGCCUCCAAGUACAAUAUUAUUAUCUCUCUCUCCAAACCCCUCCAUACAAACCCAGAAAGGCAGCAUCCUCUCCCCUUAAAACCUAAACACAACUGAACAAAAGCACUGUUUGAAAUGAUUUUUGGUACAUUUUACAUAUUGCAAAUUUUAUUUGAGACCACUGAACAAGCCUUAUGGUCAAAAAGCCUUUGGCUUACUUUUCUCAAGGUAUCUUAGCACAAUGACAAACAGAAUGUCUGAGAAGAUAAAAAUCAAUUAAAAUAAAAUAAUGUGUACCAUUACAGUGGUACCUCGGGUUAAGUACUUAAUUCGUUCCGGUGGUCCGUUCUUAACCUGAAACUGUUCUUAAGCUGAAGCACCACUUUAGCUAAUGGGGCCUCCCUCGGCUGCCACGCCGCCAAAGCAAGAUUUCUGAUCUCAUCCUGAAGCAAAGUUCUUAACCCGAGGUACUAUUUCUGGGUUAGUGGAGUCUGUAACCUGAAGCAUCUGUAACCGGAAGCGUAUGGAACCUGAGGUACCACUGUACUCAAUAACAGCCGAACUCAAUAUCUGUUCUCAGUUGCUUUUUGACUGACCAGUCUUCUCCAGUAGACGAUAAACCAUACAGAAUACAGUAACAUCAACUUCAGUAUAGCUGCAAAUAAUAUCAUAUAUUUUAUGAUGUGCUGCAACAUAAGUAUCUUUCCAGCUUUUCAAACUGAGAAAUCUAAAGUACUGAGCCUACUCUCAGGCAGCCAUGGCCAGACUCCAGAAUGGGUUCUUCCUUCAGGUAGAAAAUAUCUGACAGGGCUGGUGCAAAAUCUAGCCACUCCCUGUCUCCAUGGCUCUUUAGCGCAACUCCAGGGCAUGGGCAUAUAGCAACAGAUUGCAAUUGCAUGAACUGCAACUCUCGUGCAGGGUUCCAAAGGAGAAACACACACUAAGACAGUAGAAUUCUUCAGUUAUAGUUUAAGUAAAGGUAAAGGUACCCCUGCCCGUACGGGCCAGUCGUUUCCGACUCUGGGGUUGCGCGCCCAUCUCGCUUAAGAGGCCGGGGGCCAGUGCUGUCCGAAGACACUUCCGGGUCACGUGGCCAGCGUGACAAGCUGCAUCUGGCGAGCCAGCGCAGCACACGGAAACGGCGUUUACCUUCCCGCUAGUAAGCGGUCCCUAUUUAUCUACUUGCACCCGGGGGUGCUUUCGAACUGCUAGGUUGGCAGGCGCUGGGACCGAGUAACGGGAGCGCACCCCGCCACGGGGAUUCCAACCGCCGACCUGAUGAUCGGCAAGUCCUAGGUGCUCAGGUUUUACCCACAGCGCCACCCGCGUCCCUUCAGUUAUAGUUUACUGAGGUUUAAAAGCAUAUGGGAUCUUACUGGAUCCCCAGUAAAGUCCCAAAACUUCAGCUCCUAAGACCUCAUCCAGUUACAGAAGCAAAGAAACAGACAGUAUAACAGAAAGCAUAGAAAGAGACACAGAACUGCUCUAUAGGCAGGAAAUAUAUCAUCUGCCUCUGAACGUUGACCAUGAGCCCCACAGACUCACGAGAUAAACAACUGCUGCAAGCUUGUAUUUGAGAACAUUCAAGAAUGUUCUGCCCCCAUAAAACUCACAAUGCUUGACGAUAUCAUUCCUUGAAAGGAAAAUGAACAAUGGCAUCUGUUUCUGAAGGAAGGUCUGCUCACCUCUUAUCACCUUGAGUCGCUCCUGAGAUGUACUGUGUACUGUGCUUUUACCUUCUUCCUAAUGCUUCAUCUUUGCUGUGGGCUGCCCUGGGCUCUCUGGGAGAGGAACGGGGACGGAGGGUUAUAAUUCGUCGUCCUCUUCUUCUGCUUCUUCUUCUUCUUUGUAUCAUUUGAUCCACCACAAAGAUUCUCUCUUUCUUCCACAGUAGUGAAAGACGAGUAAGAUUUUGGCAUCCUCAAAAAUGCCCCCUGCUCAUGUGAAAGAAGACAACAGCUAAAUUCCAGAUGUCCUGCCAAUCUACAGAUGUCCUUCCAUUCACCCCAGCUGAAUAUUCUGAAUAAGUGCAACAGUAGUUCAGCAUCCUCUGUAUUCUGGAUCUUGAGUAUGGGGUUUUCUCCACAUUAAUUCAUCUGCUAUUAAAUCCAC